AUGAGCAAAAAUUAUGACUUUUUUUUAAGAAUUGGUGUGGAUGGUGAACGAGAUGUUGGUAAAUCUUGGCUUAUUGAAAAAUUUGCCGGAAAUGAUUUUGAAAAUGGAGAAUACGAAGAAAAUUUGCAUGUAUAUGUAACAACCACGUACAUUCAUUUGGAUAAUUGCACCGUUAAAGUAGAAUUUUUAGAGACAGGAUGGAACAUGAGACCAAAUAUAAAUUAUUAUAGUUAUAUUGACGGUGCUAUGCUUGUUUAUGAUAUUUCCGAUGGAUUAAAGAAAAUAGAAGAACUUUCACGUGAAUAUACCAACACCGAUAGUAACUAUGUAACUGACAAAAUUCCUAUUAUGAUUAUUGCAAACAAAUGGGACGAAAAUGAGCAUAAAAAUGAGGAUGAUCUUUUAAAAGAGAUCAAAAAUUCUGUUGGAGAGGAAUUUUUAUGCAAUAUAACGUCAACUGAAGAAAAAAUUAGUAAAAUUAGUUCUAGUUUCGAAGAAAUCCUAAAAAAAUGCAAAUCUAGGCUUUUGGAUUUUAGAGAAGUCAAUGAUCUACAUAUAUUAACUUCUCCAAGUAACCAAUUUAACCUCAUGAUGAAACGUGCAACACAAUUAUAUGGGAUCCCAAAGAAAGUUAUUGACGAUAGGCGAAAACAACUAGAAAUACUGAAUGAAGAAAUGGAUGGA